CACGCUGUGAACUUGUUAAUAAAUUUCGAGCGAUGUCAUCGCAUCUCUGCAUCAGCACGUACAAGUCCCCUAGACAUGAUGUCCUCAAGCUCGAGGUUUGUAUAUGCAUCAGCACGUACAAGUCCCCUAGACAUGAUGUCCUCAAGCUCGAGUUAUGUUUCGUGGGACGCGACUGCUCGAUGGUGCCGGCCGUGCUCGGUACCACGUAUGGCUGUCAGGCCCGCAGGCUCGACUUAUCCUUCAACAAAAUCAACUCAUUGUGCGGGCUGGAGAGAUUCCCUUAUCUCGAGGAACUGAUCCUGGACAACAAUUGUCUGGGCGACGACGCACUCUGGCCCUUCAUGCCUUACCUCACCUCACUCUCCAUCAAUAAAAAUUACUUCAGCAACACGGCUCAGCUACUGUGCCAGCUGCAGAAAGCUUGCCCUAAACUGCGCUACCUGAGCAUGCUGAACAACAGCGCUUGUCCUGAUAUCUUCAACGCUGCUACAGAGACUUCCAAUUACGAUCAAUUCGAGGAGACUUAUCAACAGUACAGACUUUUAGUGCUGCAACACCUCCCAAAAUUACGUUUCUUGAACGGACAGCCUGCGAGCAAGAAGAAACCCAGGAGCGCCAAAGACGGCAGCUCUCCCUUCACUGAACCGACCUCCAAGUAGACAAGAUCACUGAACCGACCUCCAAGUAGACAAGAUCACUGAACCGACCUCCGAGUAGACAAGAUCACUGAACCGACCUCCAAGUAGACAAGAUCACUGAACCGACCUCCAAGUAGACAAGAUCACUGAACCGACCUCCAAGUAGACAAGAUCACUGAACCGAGCUCCAAGUAGACAGGAUCACUGAACCGACCUCCAAGUAGACAAAUUCAUUCAAACUUCGAAACGUGGUAAAUUUUUGGAGUCGAGGAAUGCUUGAACUCGCUUUGCGAGUUCAGACUGUUAUUGAGGUCUUAUAGGUCAGCGAUAU